CGGUUAAUAAAACCGUGAGCUUGGACGAACUGGAUGCAGUGGUAUUGAAGAAGCACGCAUGUGCUGCGCCCAUCGUGUGUUACAUAGAUUUUCAAUUAAUUCAAGAUUACAGCUGCAACUUAGUACCUACUUUGGUAUUACAAAUUUAAGCCAUGAGAACUCCAUACCGUGGAUCUACAUUGACAACUAUAUGGAUAUUUUUUAUUGCCUUAACGCCAACUAUUAUCCAAUCCAUUGAGCCAAUAUUAUCUUUCAUGAAUUUCAUUCAAGAAGGUACUAUAAAUCACGAAAACGAACCACCUGAUCAACAAGUACCUCUCUCAGAAUACGACUUUAUAGUCGUAGGAGCUGGUACAGCAGGUUGUGUUCUUGCAAAUAGAUUAACGGAGAUUCACGAUUGGAAAGUGUUACUUGUAGAAGCUGGAGAAAAUGAAAACUACCUUAUGGAUGUUCCUCUUUUUGCCCAGUAUCUGCAAAAUACGCCCGCGAACUGGAGAUACAAAACUAAACCCUCCGAUAGGUACUGUACCGGUUUUAAAAACAAACAAUGUAAUAUGCCGCGUGGAAAAGUAGUCGGAGGAUCCAGCGUAUUAAAUUACAUGAUUUAUACCAGAGGAAUGCGAGAAGACUACGAUAGUUGGGAGGCAAUGGGCAAUGAAGGUUGGGGAUGGGAUGAAGUAUUGCCUUACUUCAAAAAGAUCGAGAAUUUCGGUAUACCGAAAUUUGAUAAUGAAAAAUAUCACGGUUACAAAGGAUAUCUUAAUGUAGAACAUUCUACUUUUCGUACGCCAAAGGCCAGAAUGUGGGUAAAAGCAGCCCAGCAAUUAGGCUUCAAAUACGGUGAUCAUAAUGGACCCAGUCCAUCCGGAGUAUCUUAUUUACAAUUAUCAAUGAAAAAUGGAACUCGACAUAGUUCUAGCAGAGCUUAUUUACAUCCAAUAAACAAAAGAAAUAAUCUACACUUAAGCAAAAGUAGCUUAGUUACUAAACUCUUUUUUGACGAGACUAACACCAAAGUAAUAGGUAUAGAAAUAGAAAAAUUUGGUUUAAGAUACAAAAUAUUAGCAAAAAAAGAGGUAAUUAUAUCUGCGGGAACUAUUAACUCUCCGCAACUUCUGAUGUUAUCUGGAAUAGGACCUAGAGACCAUUUAGAGUCAUUAGGAAUACCAGUAGUCAAAGAUUUACAUGUGGGAUAUAAUUUAAUGGAUCACAUAGCUGCUGGGGGAUUACAAUUUACUGUACAGCCGCAAAAUAUAUCAAUAAGUACAGGGCAUAUCCUUAGACAUCCAGAGCUUAUAUUCGAAUGGAUGAAAUCACACAAGGGUCCACUGGCACUACCUGGAGGCUGUGAAGCGCUAAUUUUUUUGAAUUUGCAAGACAAAUUCAAUCCUCUGGCUUGGCCUGAUUUAGAAUUAUUAUUUAUUACUACGGGGUUAAACGCAGAUCCAGUAUUACCAAUUAAUUUUGGAUACGAAGAACAAUUUUAUGCUGAAACAUAUGGCGGGCUAGGUAAUACAGAAUCAUUUUUAGUUUUCCCAAUGUUAAUGCGUCCAAAAUCCAAAGGAAGGAUCUUGUUAAAAAGUAGAAACCCUAAGGUACAUCCAACGAUUAACCCGAAUUACUUUGAAUAUUCUGAAGAUCUGCAAAAAAUUGUAGAGGGAAUUAAAGUGGCUAUCGAGAUAUCGAAACAACCUGCCUUAAGAAAAAUUGGUGCAAAACUUUACAGUACGCCUAUUAAAAAAUGCCUGAAGUAUGGGCCAUUCGGCAGUGAUGAAUAUUUCGGUUGCCAAACUCGAACGUCUACUUAUAACAUUUACCAUCAAAGUGGUACAUGUAAGAUGGGAAAUAAAGAUGACCCAACGGCAGUUGUAGAUGCAAGACUUCGAGUUCAUGGUAUAGAGCAUCUAAGAGUGAUCGAUGCAAGUAUCAUGCCAGAAGUAGUAUCGAGUCAUACAAACGCCCCAGUGUACAUGAUUGCUGAAAAAGGCGCAGAUAUGAUAAAACAGGACUGGGGAGUAUUGUAAUAAUAAUAUCUACUGUGUGUAUUGUGGAAAAAGU